AGUGCUCCCUUACCCUGGUAAGCCAUAUUGAAACCGGAGGGCGGCAGGUGUCCGGAGUUCGCCUAUUAGGAACUCAUCUUAACCCAAUGAGCUACUCAAAGAGGAAGUUCUUCGGCAUAGGAUGUUCCACCUUGAACUAGGGGGUUUUUGAUGAGGUUGUCUCCUCUCGAUCCGGCCAAUUAAGGCAAGAUCCCCCGCAAACAAGUUUGCAUGGUUUGUCAACUGCCGCCAGUCCUUGACUGUCCGGUAAAGUUGGCGCCGUUAAUCCUGUGCAGGCCCUUAGCCACGACACUACAGCUGGGCAGGAGAAGUUGGUCCGCGGUGGGAUUUUGGAAGGCUACCAGUAGUGUUUUUAAGACUACGAGCCAACUUAUAGUCCCACAGUCCUCAGCUUCAUUUGUAAUCAUUAGCAGAAGGACCCCUCCUAUCCGCCACCUGGAGACGCGCCUGGUUGGUACUUCACCCCAAUGGCCAGGAAAUUGAAGCAUACAUUAAUUGUCUCCAGGAUGCCAAAUCAUAUCGACCAAUCAGAGUGCAGCGCAUCUCCCGCCAAAACUUUAUCUUCUCUCUGGCCAACUUUUCCCGGGACCGCGUUAUACUCGAACGAACUUCUUCAUGUAAUGUUACCAAAGAUCCUCUUGAUGAUACUGAGUUACCUUCGAAUGUAUUACCUACAAGUUCGAAAUUUCGCAUUUCUGUUCGUUAUUUCAUUAAAUUACGAAAACAGCGAUUAUUAUCGCUUAUAUACAGAUUGUCAAAGAAGGUAUGAUUUUACCGACACUAAUAGAUAUAACUGGGGCGAUGGAUUUGAAAACGAAUCCAAAAUUGGACGAGUUUGAAAUUGAUGUAGAAAUUGACCAACUAUUCAAUUUGUCGAGUGAUGUUUUGAAUUUAUCGUUUAUCAAUGCCUCUGUAUAUUGAAGGUUGCGUAUCAAAUUUCAGUUGUAUUAACUAAAAGCAAAAUGAGUGUCCCCUAUAAAUCUAUAAUGAUUCAAGGUAGAGUUCAUU